AUGGAGCCUCAAGGCGGCCCCCGCUCUCUCAUCAUCACAUAUGGGGCUUACUUCAUACCCCCAGCAGUUGUGCUUUAUUACGUUGCGUUAGUGAUAUAUCGAGUUUUCUUCCAUCCACUGGCGAAAUUUCCAGGUCCCAAGAAGGCAGCAGCGACAGGCUGGUACAGGUCCUAUUAUGAUGUCUGGAUGCAGGGCGAGAUGCCCCGACAGAUAGCGGUCUUGCAUAAAAAAUAUGGGCGGAUUGUAAGAUUUGGCCCAAAUCAUCUCCAUUUCAGCGAGCCUUCUGCAUAUCACGAAAUCUAUGCCAAUAAUAGCAAACUUCUCAAAGACAGCUGGGUCUACAAUUCCUUCAAUGCUUCUCAGUCUGGGUUCGCUAUGGUCGAUCCAUCAGCAGCCAAAGGGCGCCGCGAUGUCCUUAGCUCUCUUUUCUCCCACCGCGCAAUAAGCUCAAUGCAGGGCCUACUCGCGGAGAAUUUCGAUCUCCUCUGUACUCGCCUCGCUGAGCACAACACCACCAGCAGCGCCCCAAUCAACCUUUCUGGCGCAAUCCGCUCCACAACUGUUGAUAUCAUCACGACCUUUUGUUUCGCACAGUCCAUGCACGCCCUCGAUGUGCCAGGGUUCAAAGCUCCCAUCCUCCUCGGAAUGCGCACAUCCCUGCGUAUGAUCCAGGUGUUCAAACACUUUCCAUUAAUCCAGCGGAUUGUUCUCAACUUCCCUCGGCCACUACUUAUGUUCGGUGAGGUGGCAGGCUUCAUCGACCUCUCCCGUAGACUCGAAAGUCAGGUUGCCAAUUUUCUCAAGAACCCUGCAGAUCUAGAUAAGACGCCCCAUCCGAUUAUCUACAACCGACUGUUGGACCCGGAUGCGAAGGGAUCGAGGGCGGCGCCUAUCACGCAGACUGCCUUGGAGCAUGAGGCGCAUACAAUGCUGUUUGCUGGAGCAGAUACGGUUGCACUGACCAUGACUGUGGGCUUAUAUCAGCUACUGAAGAGUGGGAGGCAGGGAGAGCUGGUAGAAGAGUUGAUAAAAGCGUGGCCGGAAUUAGAUAGGGCGCCAAAAUUGGAAGAAUUGGAAAAGUUACCAUUUCUGAGCGCGGUCAUUAAAGAGAGCUUGCGGAUGGGUAGCGGCGUAGUAUCUCUGCUAGACCGGAAGGUACCAAAGUCGGGCGCCGUGAUUGAUGGAGAGCAGAUUCCAGGAGGGGCCGUGGUAGCGAUGGGAACUACGAUAGUACAUACCAAUGAGGAUAUUUUUCCUAAUAGUGGUAGUUUCAUCCCGGAGCGAUGGACGGGACCGAACGGGAAGGAGCUCGAGCGCUAUUUAGUCCCAUUUUCCAAGGGUGCAAGACAGUGCUUGGGGAUCAAUUUGGGAUACGCAGAGUUAUAUAUUGGCUUUGCCAGAUUAUUUAGAAGGUUUGAGAUUACGCUGGAUGGAACGACGGAGGAAGAUAUGAGAUGGAAAGACUACUUUGUGCCACUCUUUGAAGAGGGUCAUAUGAAGGGAUUUGUGAAGCCGAGGGAGGCUUAA